ACGCUGUUCAACCCUGACACUAAUCGAAUCUUACAUUAAUCUCAACGCUUCAUGCGACGCUAGUUCGCCUCUAUGCUAGCUUAAUUGUUAUAAGCUAGGUCCAAAGCGAAGGCAAUUUCAGUUUACUGCUCGUACAACAAAAUAUCCCACAACUAAUACAUGCGUGAGAAUGGCCCUGUAAAAGGUCAGACCACAUGUCAUGCUGCAGUUUCCCAGUGUCUUGUUAAAGAUGAACAGCAUGGACAACUUGGAGAAACAGCUGAUUUGUCCCAUAUGUCUGGAAAUGUUUACAAAGCCUGUGGUGAUUCUACCCUGCCAGCACAACCUCUGCCGAAAAUGUGCCAACGAUGUUUUUCAGGCAUCAAAUCCAUACCUUCCAACGAGAGGGGGCUCAGUGACGUCUGGUGGCCGCUUUCGAUGCCCAUCCUGCAGACACGAGGUGGUUCUGGACAGACAUGGUGUUUACGGGCUGCAGAGGAACCUGCUGGUGGAGAACAUCAUCGACAUGUUCAAACAGGAGUCCAGCAGCAGCAAACCAGCGCCAGAGAAGAAGGAGGAGACACCCAUGUGUGAUGUUCACGAGGGGGAGAAGAUCAAUAUUUACUGUGUGACCCACGGAGUGCCCACAUGCUCCAUGUGUAAGGUGUUUGGAGAUCACAAAGAUUGUGAGGUGGCUCCCAUCACAAGUAUCUUCCAGACCAAGAAGACGGAGCUGAGUGACGGGAUCACCAUGAUGGUCAGCAACAACGACAGGAUGCAGGGCAUUGUCAGUCAGCUGGAAGAAGCCUGUCGCACUAUAGAGGAGAACGGUCGGAGGCAGAAGAAUCUGGUGUGUGAGAAGUUCGACCAGCUGUACUCCAUCCUGGAGGAGAAGAAGAGGGAGAUGAGUCAGAAGGUGACGGCCGAGCAGGACGAGAAGUUGAACUACAUCCGAGGCCUGACCAGGCAGUACGGAGACCACCUGGAGGAGAGCUGUAAGAUCGUGGAGAAGGGGAUCCAGACAAUGGAGGAGCCAGAGAUGGCUUUAUUUCUAGAGAACACAAAGCCUCUCCUCAAAAAGAUUGCAGAAGCCUCAAGUUUAGCACACUUGGACAAAGUUGAGCGUGGCUAUGAGAACAUGGAUCACUACACCAUCGACUUUAAGAAAGAGGGAAAGGCCCUGCGCAGCAUUGACUUCAUCCACGGUGAAGAUGAUGAAGACGAGGAUGAGGAGGAUGAGGAUGGAGAAGCAGGCACUGAGGAAGUAGAGGGAGCACAGACUGUUUCAGGAGGCAGUGCUGUUACAUCCGCCUCCGUCCAACCUUCUGCCCCCCAGCAGACGAACUCCUCCCUGAGCACUGCCAAGAGCACAGCCUCGACCUAGCUGUCAUCCGCCCGCCCAGACUGCACCUUAACUUGAGCAGGAUAAGUUUCGCUCCGACUAGAUGUUGAUUUCAGGUCAGUUGUGAUAUGUCUGCUCCCAGAUCGGGGGAAGCACUGAGACAGAUUUAGAUCUGUGCCAAAGGGAAAGUUUGAGUUGCCGAGGUAGAUCUAAAGAAAGAGACAGAAGUUUCAGUUCCCUUCUGAUGCUUUUAUUGAGAUUGUGUUAGCUUGCAUCACCACAUACUGAGAGUCUGUUUUUUUGACUGGUUAAAUACAAAUGUUGUGUUUCCUUUAGUUGUUUUUUUGGCACAUUGUAUGACAGCAGAGUGUCUAAAGCUUCUUUCCAGAAUUAAGACGUGUUCAUACAUAUUUAAUGUAGCUGACCUUUGCAAAUCUCUGCUUGAACUACAUCAUUAGACGUCAUUAGAAGCACUUCCUGGCUGUCGUAUACCUUUUUAUGACCAAUAUAACAUUAUGAGGAGGGUGGCAGAGUACUAAACUAUCACUUUGACAUUUCAUAUGUUCAUACAUUCGUCAGCGUACUAUGUGUCAUUUUUUGUUGUUGUGUAUCACGGGUGUAAACAUCACAUUUUGAAGUAUUAUCAUUUGAUUUAUAAUGUGAUUUAUUAAAACAGAAUUGCUCAAA